AUGCUAGCGGCCGGGAAAGCGGCGUUUUGGCUAUGCAGCCGAUCGAUCAUGGCGUCCUCGAAAAAUCCGGGUAAGCCUCGAUUCAAAUCUCUCUCCAAUCGCCCACAAACACUCAGAAGAGGAUCCGGAGGAGAGGCCGAUCCAAUCGAUGCUCUAGGCCGAGCGAUGACCAAGAUCUUGAGGCACGAAGCUGCGGCUUUUAAUCUGGAUCUCCGGAGCGAUGGCUACUGCAAGGUGGACGAGCUCUUAAAGAUUGGAAUGAAAACUAGAGCUGGGAUACCACUCAGCUCUCACUCCGUGGAGGAAGUUCUCCAGGCCGUGAAGCAGGAUAACAAGCAGCGCUUCUCGACGACCCGGGAGGAUGGGACGCUCUACAUCCGCGCAAACCAGGGGCACUCGAUCAAAGAGGUUCUUUCCGACCACCUCCUGCGAGAGAUCUCGUCCACGGACAAGAUCCCAGUUUGUAUCCACGGAACUUACAAGCACGCUCUUCCCAGCAUCUUGGAGAGUGGUCUCAAAGUCAUGGGACGAAACCACGUCCACUUCGCCACGGGCCUGCCUGACGAGAAUGGAGUCAUCAGCGGAAUGAGAAGCUCUUGCCAAGUUCUGAUUUACCUCGACACUGAGAAGGCUAUGGCGGACGGGAUGAAGUUCUACGUCUCGGACAACAAUGUGCUUCUCACCGAAGGAUUCGAGGGAGGGUGA